UCAAACCGAGAUCGUUCGGCUUGUCGUCGGUUGGUUGCAGUCGAGUCGUUUCCUCGGCCGGACGCGGACGGUUGGUUCGCUGCGCCCGCUCCUCCCGCCCCGUGGCCGCCCUCCGCGCCGCUCCUCAGCUGGCAGGAUGGCCCACAAGCAGAUCUACUACUCAGACAAGUACUUCGACGAGCACUACGAGUACCGGCAUGUCAUGUUACCCAGAGAACUUUCCAAACAAGUACCCAAAACCCAUCUGAUGUCAGAAGAGGAGUGGAGGAGACUUGGUGUCCAACAGAGUCUUGGCUGGGUUCAUUACAUGAUUCAUGAGCCAGAACCACAUAUUCUUCUCUUUCGACGACCUCUUCCAAAAGAUCAACAAAAAUGAAGAUAUCUGGGGAUCGUCAAUUAAAUCUUUUUCAAAUUUAAUGUAUAUGUGUAUAUAAGUAGUAUUCAGUGAAUACUUGAAAAAUGUACAAAUCAUUCAUCCAUACCUGUGCAUGAGCUGUAUUCUUCACAGCAACAGAGCUCAGUUAAAUGCAACUACAAGUAGGUUACUGUAAGGUGUUUAAGAUUUCUUCUAGUUACUUUUUUUCUUAAAUAUAAGUGCCUGUUUGACUUUACCUGUUACUUUUGUUUAAUAAAGUUUGUAUGUUGCAUUUA